UCAGGCUUUGGUUUUGUUUCCGAAGUGAUCAUGCCUGAGCCAGCGAAGUCCGCACCUAAGAAGGGAUCCAAGAAGGCCGUUACUAAAGCCGCCGGAAAGGGCGGUAAGAAGCGCAAGAGGUCCAGGAAGGAGAGCUAUGCUAUCUACGUCUACAAAGUACUGAAGCAGGUUCAUCCUGACACCGGGAUUUCCUCUAAGGCCAUGGGGAUCAUGAACUCUUUCGUCAAUGAUAUCUUUGAGCGUAUCGCCGGUGAGUCCUCUCGUCUCGCUCACUACAACAAGCGCUCCACCAUCACAUCGAGAGAGAUCCAGACCGCCGUGCGUCUCCUGCUGCCCGGUGAACUCGCCAAACACGCCGUGUCUGAGGGAACAAAGGCCGUCACCAAGUACACCAGCUCCAAAUAA